AUCUGCUUGUUGGUUGGUUUGCGCCUCUUGUUCUUCCUUCCACUGCCACACACUUUCCCAUCAACUCCACCUACGUCUCUUUGCGUUCACCUUCUUUCCGCCGCCCUCCUUGACCAACAACAACAGCCACUCCACGAUGGCUCGCCCACCCAAGCCAUGGCUGAAGGGCCAGGUCGAUGAUCUUGUGUCUCUUCCCCAGCUGGACGACACGAUCCUCUUGCAAGAGCUGCACGAGCGAUACAAGCUCAAGAAGAUCUACACCUAUGUCGGUGACAUUCUGGUGGCUGUCAACCCCUUUGAGCAGCUCCCCAUCUACGGCAAGGAGAUUCAAGCCAAGUACUAUGACAGCGUCAAGUCGUCCAACCCGCCGCACAUUUUCGCCAUUGCGGAUCAGGCCUACUUCACCAUGGUCCGCAACUCCCGCAACCAAUGCGCCGUCAUCAGCGGCGAGUCUGGCGCCGGCAAAACGGAGAGCGCAAAGCUGCUGAUGCGCCACAUCAUCCACCUGUGCCACUCUGGGACGGAGGGCCAGGACAUUGAGCAGCGCGUCAUCGAGGUGAACCCGCUGCUCGAGGCAUUUGGCAACGCGGCCACUCGCAUGAACCACAACUCGUCUCGCUUCGGCAAGUACACCGAGGUCAACUUUGACAACAACGGCCACGUCGUCGGCGCCAAGAUCUCGCAAUACCUGCUUGAGAAGUCGCGUGUUGUGAAGCAGAACACCGGUGAGAACAACUUCCACGUGCUGUACUACGUGUUUUCGAGCCCAAAGGCGCAGGCACUCGGCCUCACCAGCCCGCGCGACUUCCCAUACGUCAGCACCACCCCUGGCCUUCCCAACGCUGCAAGGAUGUACUCCAGUGUCGUGCAGGCGCUGGACACCGUCGGCUUUUCCCCGAGCGAGCAAGACAACAUCCACGCCAUCCUGGCUGCGGUGCUGCAUAUUGGCAACCUCGCAUACUCGGAAGCCCGCCCAGACCAGGCGCAGGUCUCAAGCAGCCCCCAGCUCGUUGCAAAGAUCUCUGAGCUGCUCGGCCUCAACCCGGAGGAGCUGAAGGAGGCACUCACGGCAAAGACGACCUACACGCGCGGCGAGACCAUCCGCCGCACGUACUCGUGCGAGCUGGCGCUGGUGUGCAGGGACGCAUUUGCAAAGGCCCUGUACGGUCGCCUCUUCGAGUGGAUCGUGUCCCACAUCAACACGCUUCUCGCGCCAGGCAUGUCCCAUAGCACGAAGAAGAACCUGCUUGAGAUUGGCAUUCUCGACAUCUUCGGCUUUGAGCACUUUGACCGCAACGGGUUCGAGCAGCUGUGCAUCAACAUUGCCAACGAACAACUGCAAAACUUCUUCAACGAGGUACGGAACCACCCGGUUGUCGUGGCGGUAUGUGAGAUUACACACAUUACUACUGCCACGCACGCACACACACACACACACACACACACACACACACACACACACACACACACACAAAUCCCCGGCCUCUCCCCGCCCCUUCUCACUCCUGCAGUUGAGAAGUACAAGCAGACGUUUGCCUCGCACAAGGACUUCGCCCCCGCCCGCACGAGCGAGCCGUGCUUCACCAUCCACCACUAUGCCGGAGACGUGACGUACCACACGGAGGGAUUCCUGGACCGCAACAAGGACGAGCUGCCCGCCGACGUCGUCGGCCUGUGCUUCAGCAGCAACGUGCCCCUCAUCCACCAGAUGUUCGAGGCGAACCAGGACGGCCAGCCAGGCAAGGGAGGGUCUGCUGGUACGAUGAACACGGCCCGCAAGCGCGCACCGACCGUCGGCCACCAGUUCACAUCGUCCCUCCGCGAACUUGUGGCCAAGAUGCAGCGGUGCAUGGCCCACUUUGUGCGCUGCAUCAAGCCAAACUACGAGCAGGAGCCAAACAACUACGUCGACGAGUUUGUUGACCGCCAGCUUCGCUACACGGGUAUGCUUGAGACCACGCGCAUUCGCCGCGAAGGUUUCUCCUUCCGCCCGUCGUUUGCGGACUUUAUGGAGCGAUUUGGCAUCCUUGCAUACGGGCCCUCGGCGCAGGUCGCCCCCUCUGCAGAGACGUGCCGCACCGUGCUGUCCAAGUCCAACGUUGGCGGGUGGCUCGUGGGAAAGACGAAGGUGUUCCUCAAGUACUGGCAGGUGGAGCAGCUUGACAAGAGCAUCAAGCUCUAUCACGACAACGCAAAGACCCUGCAGAAGCUCGCCCGCGGGUUUUCCGUCCGCAAGUUCGUGCGGACGGUGCGUCAGAAGCGGAUGGAGCAGCUGCAGCAGAUCAAGGCCUUCAGCGCCGAUCUCUCCCGCACCGCCGCCCACUACUCGAACCUGAUUAGCAGCCACGCCGCUGAGGACAUGCGCCGCUUUGCCGCCGGCAUCAAGCCAAAGCCCGCCGCACCGCCAAAGCCGCGCAAGUCCGAGAAGGAACUCAAGCGCGAAGCGUCCAUCACGUGGUGGCGCGAGAAGGAGCAGCCAAAGGGCGCCGGCCAGGACGCCAACGGACAAAUGCUGGAUUGGUUCCACGGCAUCAUCUCUCGUCAGGAAGCGGAGCGUCUCCUCAAGCCCCGCUUCAUUGGCACGUUCCUUGUGCGUGUGUCUGAGAACCGGUUCGGGUACACGCUGUCGUACCGCGUCGCGGACCGCUGCCGCCACUACAUGAUUGAGCAGGACACGCGCGGUCGGUACGCGCUUCGUGGCGCGGACAAGGUCUGCAACAGCCUCAACGAGCUGAUUGAGUGGUUCACUCGCCACCGCAUCAACCCGGAGGGCGACAUGCUGCGCGAACCGUGCGGCCAAGAGAUUAACGUUGUGACUGGUGAAAUGGAGUGCAACUACGGCGAGCUUGUUGGCGGCGGGUACAAGCCCAUGGCACCAGCUGCCUCCCGCCCGCUGCCAUCGCUGCCCUCGCGUGGAGGUGGCGAUGAUGCUCCACCGCCAGUCCCGCGCAAGGCCAAGCCCGCGCACCUCGGCGGCGGCGCCCCACCGCCCAUCAUGCGCGACCGGAAGCCGACGCUGGAUUCUGGCCCGCCGCCCAUCAGCCGCGCAACGAAGCCGCGGUUGUGAUCUGGUGGUUGCCCUGCCCGUCGGCAGCAGGCAGUACAACUGCAUGCGCUUCUCACGCAUGCAUACGCGUGUGUCUUGUUGUUCGUGCUGGCCUUUUUGUCUUCCCGUGGCUGGGAAACCUGUUUCUCCCAGUUUCCCCUGAUGCCACACAGUGUGGUCGUGUUGCAUGUUGACUUGUUUCCUGGCUUCGCUUGCCUCUGUUGUUUCCACCCCUAACAAUUUCCUCCGUUGACAAAUAUACACACGAAGCAAGCUCCGACA